CACUUGACUGUCAAGUAUAUUAUUUAUAGAUAGGUUUUUUGUACAUACUUAACAUUCACAGGCAGAAAGUUGUGUAAGGGAAAAUGUUGUCCAAGCUCAUUUACUUCGUCAUUUUGGGUUGUUGUGUAUCUCAUCCUCAUGAUAUACCGGUGCAUUUUGAACCUCUCUCUGAUGAUAUCAUUGAGUACGUAAAUAAUUUGAAGACAACAUGGAAAGCCGGUUACAAUUUGGAAGGUGCAACUCCACUUUAUUUGAAAGGUCUUCUUGGAACAAUCAUGUAUGAUGAAAGCGCGCCCAGUUUACCUGUAUAUGUACACAAAACCCAUGAAAAUGCUCCCCUUCCUGACGAGUUUGACUCACGUGAAGAAUGGGGUAAUAUUUGUCCUUCCUUGAAUGAAAUUCGUGACCAAGGAUCAUGUGGUAGUUGUUGGGCAUUUGGAGCAGUUGAGGCAAUGACAGACCGUAUAUGUAUACACUCCCAAGGCAAAGUUAAACCUCAUUUGUCUGCAGAGGAUUUAGUAAGCUGCUGUAAAUCUUGUGGAAUGGGUUGUAAUGGUGGUUUUCCAUUGGCUGCAUGGGAGUAUUGGGUGAAUAUUGGUAUUGUAACUGGUGGUGCCUAUAAUAGUAGCAAGGGAUGUCAACCUUAUAAAAUACCAAGUUGUGACCAUCAUGUUAAAGGGAAAUUAAAACCAUGUGAAAAAAUUUUACCAACACCUCCAUGUCGACAUACUUGUCAGCCUGGGUAUGAAAAAUCAUAUGACUCUGAUAAAUACCAUGGAACACGUGCCUACUCUGUGAUGAGUCGCCCAAAGCAGAUUCAAAUUGAAAUUAUGAAAAAUGGUCCAGUUGAAGCUGCUUUUACUGUUUAUGCUGACUUUCCAAGCUAUAAGUCAGGUGUUUAUAAACAUGUGGCUGGAGUUAUACUUGGUAGUCAUGCGAUUAAGAUCCUUGGAUGGGGUGUUGAUGAUGGAACACCAUAUUGGCUUGUGGCAAAUUCGUGGAAUUGUGAUUGGGGAGAUAAAGGAUAUUUCAAAAUACUUCGAGGCUUUGAUGAAUGUGGUAUUGAAGGAAGUGUUGUUGCAGGACUUCCAUUAUACAAAUGAAUGGGAUGAUAACAUAUGUUCUUAUCAUACAUAAAAAUUUAAAUGACUUUUUCAAUGAAAUUGGGAUUGUUGGUUAGCCUUUAAACAUUAUGAAAUUUAUAGAAGAUGAACUGAUUAAUCAAUUUUGAUUUUUUAA